UAAACUAACAAUAAAUGCAGAACACAGAUUUUCACUGUGCCGACAGCAAUGCGUUAAAAUAGUGAGCAUAACUGUCAGAAAAAAAAACGUCCGAAAAAGGGAUGUGCAAUAGGUGUUAUUUUUUUCUUCGUCUUAGUACACGGCCUAAAUAAAAAACAUACAAAAGCAAUUGCAUCGGAAUUGUGGAACAGUAUAGAAGCAAUCGUUUGUCGAAAAUAUGCGAAAAUAUACGCAGCUAUGUUUAGUUUUAAUUACAAUAAUCAGUAUCAUUGUGUUGUUAAUGUAUCGCAAUGAAUACAAACAGCUGAAAUAUGUGUUGGAUGUGGUCAAUUUUAUCGGUCGCAAGGACGAAAUAUCGUUGAUCCAUUUGGAGAAUCAAACAAAUUUCUACCAAGAGUCAUCGUAUCAAUUCAAUGAACCGAUGCCGAUAUGGCAACGAAUUGGCAAUGGAUUCCAUGCGUACUCAUCGUUUUGGAUAAAACCGAAUGAUUUGAAAGCGGGCGGUGAAUUGAUAACAAUUGUCGUGGGCCUGAAGCAUUCGAUUGUUAGCUUUAAGUGUGAGCUCGACUAUGCCGACGGUAAAAUACAAAAGGGAAAAUUCGUGUUUGUUCGCGAAGACAUUGUCGGCGACAAUCCAAAUGACACGAGCAACGGUGAAAAUUUCAUCGUAUACAAGUUUGUGUGCAAAGUGAACAAGGAUUUUGGCACACCAAAACAGGCCAUUUUCACCGAUCUCAAUUCGAAAUCGAAGCAUCGAUUACAAAUACGCAAUUUGAAGCAGAAAAACAUCGAAGAAUUGCUCACGAUGACGGUGUGCGUGAAUCUCGUGCCGAGAAAUCAGAGUGAAAUCAACCCAUUUCUAACGGAAUUCAAUUUGUUGCAAUUUUUCAUUCAUCAUCAAUUGAUUGGCAUCGAUGAGUUUUUAGUGUAUGAUACAUCGCUGAUCAGCUCAUCGCUACGGCAAACGCUAUUUUCGCAUGGCAUCAAAAUCAACACCUUUCCAUACAAUUUCCCAUUUGAUAUUAGCCAAUACACCAAAAUACGUAAAUUAAUCGAAAUGGACUGCUUGCUACGCACAUCGAAUUCCGUCAAGUAUACGGCCGUACUUACGCCACGCGAUUACAUCUACACCAAUGGGAAUUUGAUGGCAAAACCACAUCCAUUGCUGCAAAUGCUGAAGAAUCCAUUGUAUGGCACCGAUGUUCAAUUGGAAAUACUUACGAACCCAAUUUGCCGCCACAACAUGAAAAAAAUCCUCUCGGACAAUUUGCUCAUCAGCUCAAAUACUAGCACCGAAACCAAUAAGGUGUUUUUAUUCAAAACCAAUUACAUUUUUAGUCGCAACAAUAACGUUGCAUCGAAUGCGAAUGCAGCCAGCGCACGUCUCAACAAAAACUUGAUAUUCAAUAAUCAUUACGGUGAUUGCGACGAUAGACACAGUCAAAAUGUUAACGAUAAUCCGGUCGAAUGGCGAUCGGUGAUUUCAGCCGAAUUUCGAGAGUUUAUCGAUCAGCUGGGCGUACAUGUGAACGCUUUGCUACGAAACGAGCAUUGAAGUCAAUCCACUCAUUUUUAGUCAUUAUUCUAAUUUCAUAAAUCGCAAUGAUAACAUUUCAUUCUUUUGUAGAAAUUUAUGUGCUUUAUCGAAUGUAAGAAACUAAUAAAGAAAUAAAUUAAA